AUGCAUUACCAUUCAAUGCUACUGAAGCAGUGGACACCAAAGAGAAAAACAAAGUAUAGUCGGAUAGAAUCAAAAGGCUCGCAUGAAACUGUUAUUCCUCUAGCAGUUGGUUCAGUUCUGGUUGCUACUGACAAAAUCAGCACGCAGCCAUUUGAUAACUCACUGAUUCUGAUUGUGAAGGCAGAUCAAAAUACAAGGGUUAAAGGUCUCAUUUAUAAUAAACCUAUCAGGUGGGACUCUCUUGAUGAUGUAGACAAACAAGGGUUUGAACUGUUAAAAGAGGCUCCUCUUUCAUUCGGUGGUCCGCUUAUAAAACGCGGUAUGCCUCUUGUCGCCUUAACAAGAAGACCUAUCGAUGAAUACCCAGAAGUUGCUCCAGGGAUCUACUUUCUUGAUCAAUCAGCCACAGUUGGUGUAGUUGAACAGCUCAAGACGGGAAAUCAAACGAUAGCUGAUUACUGGUUUUUCUUGGGGUUUUCAAGUUGGGGUUGGGAUCAGUUAUAUGAUGAGAUUGCUGAAGGAGCUUGGAAUAUAGUUGUGAACAGCACAGGAGUUUUAGAAUGGCCCUGA